ACUAAAUAUUAACGUGAACAAGCAACAAUGUCAAUCAAAACUUUAUUCUAUUUCAUGUUUUUGUUUUUCGGAAACUUUCAAGAAAAAGGCGAAUCGGUUUUGAACGACGAAGAUAACAAGAAUAUCAUUACAUCGGAACUAACAAACAUAAUACGGCUAAAGACGACUACGAUUCAUAAUAAAUUGUAUUGUGACCACCACGCCGAAACAUAUUACGUUUUCGCAAAAAAGAAAAUAAGAGUUAUCGUGAAUAGCGAUAUAGAAAUAAACGAGAUAACCUGCUAUAUCACUAAUUUAACAUCACAUGUGUUCUCACACGGAAACGUCCUUAAGAACGGCAACGAAGAAUACGAGGUCGAAGCGAACAUAUCCACGCCGCUAUUCGGGUGGAAAUGGACUUGCAUGUUGUAUAUGAACUCCCACUACAAACCUGUCUUUUGCAAAUUCACUGUCAAUGAAAUAGCAGAAGAAUAUUUCAGACUCGAAGUUGAUGGAGUUAGGCUUAAAAUUAACGUAGACAUUCCGACAUCGGUGGAAUAUUAUUUAAAUGCUACCUACAAAUACGUACGCGAGAAAACCGUGAAAAUACUUUGCGAGCCGGCAAGUGCGCUUCUAACAACGGGAUACAGGAUAUCUGUUAAAAACUCGCCCAUCAGCUCGACCUGUGUGCCGACGGUUUUGGAUGUAACCUGCACUCUCGACCUGCAACGUCGUCACAGCGGCCAGUACAUAGACUUCAUCUUUACACAGCUCUCCACCGGCGAGCAACUAGUUCUGAGGCUCAUCUUAAUACACGAAAAACAACAUUCCGGAUUCCCGUGGGCCAUAGUUGAGAUAGUCGGUGUCACCUUCGGAGCUAUAGUGCUGAUACUCAUCACCGCAAUCGUCGCAUACAAGAUAAUGAAAAAACAAAUACUCAACAAGAAACGUUGCCCGGACCUCACGUACGAACCGCUUCCUGAUCACGGGACAUCGAACGCCACCCCGUUCCCAAGGGAAGUCGAAGAAUACAUGCAGGCGAGAGACUAUGUCGAAAUUCCCUCGUCUGCAACGCCGGCGGAUACGCCGCUGUACUCAACCGUCGUGCCGAAGCGUGACAGACAAAACAAUGAUAAUAAACCGCAAGAGUCCGUUCCUAAUUCGAGCAACGUGUACACUAAUGAUGCAAGCAGUUGCCAAUACGAUUACCCGACUAUAGGCAGCGUAGGGCUGACGAAAAUUCAGAACAGAGAGUAUACGAACGACCUCAAAGACAAGGACAAUACGUACAAACGUCUAAAGGAAGAUACAGAUUACGUAGAGCCCUGUUACACGGAAAUAAGUAAUUCGUAUGUGAAUACGUAGGGUUGAGUGAUUGGGUUUUUUGGCGGGAACGCGAGGAGUGAAGUUGUGUAAUUUGUUUUAUUAAAUUUUGUCUAUUUAGUGUUUCU